GAGACACUUUAUAACAGGCCGCCAGCAGCUGGGCUCCAAUGUGCUGACACCGGAGCCGAGGACACCGGCACUCCCGCGCCUCCUUAGGACCACUACUCACGUCUCUUUGCCUUUUUCCUUUUGAGUGGGAAUACAAGCCCUCUGCUCCAAACUCGUCUGCAAAGAUGCUGCUGCUCCUGCUGGGCAUCGUCCUCCUGCACAUCAUCGCUCUGGUUCUCCUCUUCGUCUCCACCAUAGUCAGCGUGUGGACCUCAAGUGACACCGGGACCUCGGACCUGUGGUCAAACUGCUCCACCAUCAAUGGAGGCUACCGCUGUGACCCCGCCUCCACCGGAGAGUGGAUCCAGGCGGUCCAGGCCCUCAUGAUCCUGUCCAUCAUCUUCAGCUGCCUGUCGCUCUUCCUCUUCUUCUGCCAGCUCUUCACUCUGCAGAAGGGCGGACGCUUCUUUGUCACCGGAACCUUCCAGAUCCUUGCCAGCUUGUUCGUGAUGAGCGGCGCCAUCAUCUACACGGUGAUGAGUCCGGACUGGGUGCCCGAGACGGACGUCUUCGGCUACUCCUACAUCCUGGCGUGGGUGGCCUUCCCCCUGGCGCUGAUCAGCGGGCUCAUCUACGUCAUCUUGAGGAAGCGAGAAUGAGCCGCACCCCCGUCGCCCUCUCCGACCCCGUGGUGGGCCGGGCCGGGCCGCGCCGCCACUCGUCAACACCCAAAGCAACCAUUACUGUCUCGGUUUGAAGAUGUAUAUAGUAUCUAUGGUUUAAACCUAUUUAUAAUGUAACACUUUUACAUACGUGUACAUAGUUUUUGUGUUGCUCCGUCACGUCGGCUUGGUUAGCUUAAGUGCCUCAGCGUUUGUUUGUAACCGUCAUUACACCUCCUCGUGUCGUGUUUUGCCAAAGGAUUAACACAAGUAUCUCAAAGUACAUUAACCAAAAGGUGCAUGUUCAAGAAAAACAACAAAAAAAGUGUGUUUGUGUUAUGAAAAAAAAACUAAGAGUGGUAACAUCCGCGUGUAGCCAGGAUGCAACAUCGCAUCAUUUGCUCCUUUUUCUGUUGGUUCCAUUUCUUUUUAUUCUCCGUGUCUUUUUUUUUUUCUAUUUCUUCUUUUCAACAAAAAAAGAUGGUGCUAUGAUAUUCUAAAUAUGUAUCAUUCCUCUUCAUGAUUACCAAGGAAGCAGAGGGAGAUCCUCCCCUUCAAGCUACGCCGCUACGUCGGAGUCGGUCCCGAGCGGGCUACCAGUAUUACUCGGCUUAGCAUAGACGUCAAAUAUGACGCGUUAUCUCACGGCUUUGGCUUCGCUCUUGUUGUUUUGCCUCCACCGCUUUGUGUUUGUGACUGUUAAAGAAGCCAAACGUAUGCAAACGGCGCCAAGAUAGGCUCGAGACCAGACGCAAACGAAGCCAUAGGAGAGGAGAAGCGAGCGCGCAUAGAUAUGGCACCCACAAACCACGUCUCGUCUACUUGAACUUUCACGUGCUGCGGCCUCCGUACCCCGCUGUGCAACAACGCACUUCCUUAACGGCAUUAAACUAUUAGCUAGCUAGCGCUGACGUUUUCCGCUGAGAAGCGAGAGAGGGAAAAAAAUUAAAGUAAAAAAAAAUAAAAGGGACUGAAGUGGCACUAAUUACUUGAUGCAUGUGAGAUUAAAAGACGCAGCCAUGUGACACUACGCCUGUGGUUCUCAAUUAUUUUCUGUCAUGCCCCCCGCUGGGCGACAGAAAUGUUUUGUCCCCCCAUUUGAAAUAGUACUGAGAAACUGAUCAUAUCUAUUUAUUUACCUGUACUGUACAGACUGAACGCCAAACUGAAACCAGCGAAAGGCAACAGAAUGGAGAGCAGUGAAGCGUACACGCGUAUUCAAGAGUCAAAUUGCAUGCCGAGUACGACAAAUUCAUAGAGUACAUGUUGGCAGGUCUGCACUAAUGUUCAAAGUCAGUGGCGCCGUUGGGGUGGCCAAGGUGAGGCUAUUACUCACAUAGGGGUGGCAAUAAGCUGAUACCUGACUGGUCUAGAUGGCCGGUGGGGGGGCAGUUGACAGUUGUGUGCAGCAGUCAAAUGCGUCCAAGCGGAAACGGCGGUUAGGCUGAACUAAUGUUCUGCACCACAGAGUCGUGUUUGUCAAAAUUGUCCCCCAGUCACGGCCACCCCCGAGCUCCGCCACUGUUCGAAGUCCUCCCUGAACCUGGCUAAACUCCCCCCACGCCCCGACAGUUCACCGUGCCCGCCCCACUAUUUGAGAAGCACUACACACACACACACACAAGCAGAACUACAGGGUGAACGUUACAUGCUAAUUUUAAACCAUUUGCAUUGUAAUAUACGAAGUCCCCGAGGGGGGCCAUGGAGGCAAAAAAAUUGAUGGGUUGAAAGAAAAAGAUUUUUUGCAAGAGCUCGCCAAACUAUGUGAAGCUACAGGACACACCUUGCCUCCAUCAUGCAUCAUCCAUAAAUGCAUCAUUUCAUUUCCAUCUUCAGCAAUGUAGCGGUAUAAAGUGAAACUGGAACUAUAAGAACAACUUUUCAUUUCCAUCAUCCAUCCAUCUUCUAGACCGCUUAUCCUAGUUUUCAAUUCCGUGAUGGUUACUCGGCUCGUCUUUUGAAAAUAAAGUGCUAACAUCCGGUUCUAGCUGGUGUUGCUGGAAACUCACAAUCUCUCUGAGUACUGGUGCUCGAAAGGAAAUGCAUGAUUAGCAUUAUAUAUGUGAUUCUUCCACGUGUGUGUACCGCUUGUCCUGUAAGUACACAGUCAUAUCAGAAACUCUUAAUUUGAAGUUUCAACGCAAACGUUCACUCUGAACACGGAAGUGGCGGAAGUACAACGCUCUAAAUGUAAACAGUUUUCGCAACAGAUCUUGCAAAAAUCCAUGUUUUUUUUUUUACUUUACCCAUCAUUUCUUUUUCUCCAUGUCUCCUCGGGGGCUCCGUAGUAAUAAUUGUGUCAUCUGGAAGUGAGUACGAAUAAAAAACAAAGUGCAUGAUGCCAGUAUAUGUAUGUACACAUCUACAGCCUCCUUGCUUACAUAGUAGUUAUUCAAUAAAAAUCUUAUAAUCUCACUUGCGGGUCCAGUUAGAAGAGUUGCACUCUGAUGACGACUGCUCGCUGUCUGUGUGCCGUGUUCGUGUGUGUGUGUGUCACGUUUACAAGCUGAAGCGCUCUCCAUAUUAGCAAACUGCUAACUGUGUUCACAUGUAACCAUUAAAGAGGACGUCUCUGACCACCAACAA